CAAAUGACUCGUUGUGCAGUCAGAUUUCUGCAAUGAUGAUUAAGGACGCAGGGUGUCAGUGUAAUGUAAAAAGUCAUCCUGAUACGCGCUUGUGGUCACUGCUCUUUGGUUCCACCUCUUAACAACAGUCUCACUUCAACACUGAUAGGAUCGUUUCUGUGCGUGUUCAGUGAAAAGAGUCAAUUUUCCCAAAUUAUUGCAAAUAUCUGAAGGAACUGACCAUUUGUGUACUGAAUGUUGGGCCCGCUCUUGACAACGGCGUUUUGCUCCUUGUGAUGGAUUACUGAUGAUUUCGGAUUUCACUAUGGAACAAAGGAAGCGAGAGAGCGGAAGGGGGCGACGAUAUUUGGUCGGCUGCAUUGUUGCUGCGCUUCUGUGGACUGUGGCUUCAGCGCAAUUAAGAUAUUCCAUCUCAGAGGAAGUAAAUGAAGGAACUGUGGUUGGAAACAUAGCGAGAGAUCUGGGAUUAGAUAAAAGCACUCUGAAAGACAGAAAGUAUCGGAUUGUUUCAAGUGAUGCGGAUCCUCUGUUCCAUGUGAAUCACAACGAUGGCGUCCUGUAUGUGAGCAGGAAGAUCGACAGAGAAGAGGUGUGCGCGCAGAGCAGUACGUGUGUUAUAAAUGUCAAAACUGUGCUGGAAAAUCCACUGGAGGUUCAUUAUGUCAUGGUGGAAGUUAUAGACAUAAAUGACCAUUCACCUACUUUCCCUGAGGAAGAUAAUACAUUGGAAAUUUCAGAGUCCGUGUUGCCCGGUGCCCGUUUUCAGCUACUAGCCUCACAGGAUCAAGACAGUGGUCCUUUCUCUGUGCAGCAAUAUAAACUUAGUCACAACGAUCAUUUUCGUUUGGAAGUUAAAGACAAAGGAGAUGAUGGAAAAAUACCUAUACUGGUCGUUCAAAAAUCUUUAGACAGAGAAACUGCAGGCAGCCACUCACUAACACUGACGGCCCUGGAUGGAGGGAAACCUCCAAAAAAUGGUAAUAUGAAUAUUCUAGUCAGAGUUUUAGAUAUUAAUGAUAACGCGCCGAUUUUCUCUAAAGAUGAUUAUAUUGUGACACUCAAUGAAAGCGCUCCAGUAGGCACAACAGUCAUUCAGGUGAAUGCAACGGAUUUAGAUGAGGGUUCAAACGGAGAAGUAGUUUAUUCAUUUAGCAAGACUAUGAAUCAGAAUUCAUUUAAUCUUUUCGAUAUCAACCCAUUAACAGGUGAAAUAUCUGUGAAGGCCUUAAUUAAUUACGAGGAAAAAGACAGAUAUGAAUUAGAAAUUCAGGCAUCAGACAAAGGUUUUGCUCCUCUUACAACUGAAAAAAGCGUAAUUAUCAAAAUUUUUGACGUGAAUGAUAAUGCACCUGAGAUUGAAGUUACCUCAUUUUCCAGCUCCAUCCCUGAAGAUUCCAGACCUGGAACUACUGUUGCUCUUAUUAGUGUCAGUGAUUUAGACUCUGGUCUCAAUGGAAAGGUUAUUUGUACAGUAAAUGAAGCUGUUCCGUUCACUUUAUCACCAUCAUUACAAGACAAAAUGUUUUCAUUAGUCACCAAAUCUCCUCUGGACAGAGAGAAACAGUCACAUUAUGACCUGACAAUAACUGCAAAAGAUGCAGGUCAACCUUCACUAUCAUCUGAAAAGACAAUAAGUGUUGUGGUGUCAGAUGUGAAUGACAACAGUCCAGAGUUUUCACUCAGUCCAUAUACUUUCUAUGUCGCUGAGGGGAAUGAUCCAGGAGCCUCAGUGUUUUCUGUUAAAGCUUCUGAUCGUGAUGAGAAUGACAAUGCUGUCAUAUCCUAUCAUAUUGUCAGAGAUGGAAGUGAAGACAACAAAGUCACUUCAUUUCUAAACAUAAACUCUGAUACUGGACACAUCACCGCACUGAAAAGUUUUGACUUUGAAACGCUGAAAACUUUCCAAUUCCAAGUUGUUGCCACAGAUUCUGGAGCUCCGUCUCUCAGCACCAAUGUCACAGUCAACGUGUUCAUUCUGGAUCAGAACGACAACGCUCCAGUCAUCCUGUAUCCACUCAGCUCCAACGGAUCUGCUGAAGGUGUGGAGGAGAUUCCUAGAAAUGUCAACGCAGGACACUUGGUCACAAAAGUCAGAGCCUAUGACGCUGAUAUAGGAUAUAACGGCUGGUUGCUCUUCUCACUGCAGGAACUCACUGACCACAGUCUCUUUGCUUUGGACAGAUAUACAGGACAGAUCAGAACACUUCGCUCAUUCACAGAGACAGACGAGGCUGAACACAAACUGGUCAUACUGGUCAAAGACAACGGAAACAUUUCACUCUCAGCAACAGCUACUGUCAUUGUCAAACUUGUGGAGCCCAAAGAGGCUUUUGCAGCAUCUGAUGUCAAAAGUGCAACAAACGUAGAUGAAGAUGACAAUGUGACAUUUUAUCUGAUGAUAACUUUGGGAUCAGUUUCUGUGCUUUUUCUCAUCAGCAUCAUUGUGCUGAUUGCAAUGCAGUGCUCCAAAUCCACAGACUAUACUUCCAAAUAUCUGCAAGAGACUAAUUAUGAUGGGACACUGUGUCACAGCAUCCAGUACAGAUCUGGAGACAAACGCUACAUGUUAGUUGGACCCAGAAUGAGUAUAGGAUCUACUAUAGUUUCUGGAAGUCAUUCAAAUACACUGGUGCUUCCUGACAGGAGGAGGGCAUCUGAAGAGGUAAGGCUAAUUUAAACAUGAGUUGUCAUUUGGAAGAACUGCAUUGAUAUUUAACCAUUAGGGAAGGUUUGUGGAAACAUGUGUUUACAACUAUUACAUCAGGCAAAACAUUCAUUGAACAGAGAAUUUCACCAAGACUGUAUUUUGAUGUAAACAGCAAAAGACAUUGAAAAUUCCUUUAAAAAUUCACUUCUUACUUUCAUUUUUAUGCUUUCAGACUGCUUAGGGAAUGCAGGUGUAAGUGGCUGUGCAACUAUAUUUUCUCAGAUUUGUAGGUUUAGCAGCAUUAUUGUUCUAAAAACAAGGCAAGUCUCAUGAAGGCAUAGGGACGAAAGGAAACAUGGAAUAAAUCAACUCAGCUGAUGUUGAUAGUGAAUUAUCAACAAUCUUUAAAGAGAAUACCAUCACCACUUGUCGCUGGUUGGAUGUCUUUUGCAAUCAUUGUCCAUGGUGCUGAACCUAUUUUCUCUCAUUUUCUCGUGUUUGCAGUCGUAGUCAACAUAAACCACAGAGGGUUUAUCUCAGUCCUUAAACUCACACGACAUAAUCUUAUGAAGUACACGUUUAAUAUUCCUUUGUGCUGCCUGAAAUCAUCUUAAUUUUCUUUAGAGUGAGAUUUUGCGCUAACAGUGAGCAGCCUCCACAUGUAUAUCAAAUCACACGUCAGGGCUGAAGUUCAGUUUUCGAGACAAAUAAGCAUAAAGUAACCCAGACACACAAUCUAACAUUUCACAAAUAACGCGCACCUUGUUUGUGAUUAUCUGUACAUAUGGCAUGAUGUCAGUUUUAUCGCAAAAGUCUGAAUUACUUGCUUGUUGACGUAUUUCGUUUCAGUGGCUUUUCUUAUUGGAGUACAGAUACAGUCGAGUCAUUGUUUUUGCAUUCAGGUGUGAAGACUAAUGCUUCCAAUAAAGUAUGCAGUGCAGAGUUGCUUCAGAUAGACAAACAUUCAUCUAUCCAUGAGUUAUUCCCGCUUGUUGUUUGAGGAAGUGGAUAGUGUACAACCUGAACGAGUCACUGUUCAAUCUGUGACUAACGAAAAAACGACAAUGUGUAAACAAGACGCGCUGAAGAUGUCCGAGGGUGAAGACGAUUCAAACGUAAUCCAAUUAUAUCACGUGGCAUGUUUCUGAAAAUCUUUAGCUUUUACAUUCUAAAAAUAUCCCCACGACAUAAUGAACAAUCAAUCUGAAAUUUCCAUAACGUCUGGUUUAAUAAAUGCAGUUUAACCGCAGCAUAUCAACAGUUGAGACAGAGAUAACUCUGAAUAUAUUUGGAGGGAACGGGUUUUCUAUCUAUUUAAUGGGAAUUUGAUGUUUAGUUUCUGAGAAGGAGAGGAGAUUCUUAUGUCAUUCCAGCAGGUCCGCUAAGUUUGAUCACAGAUUUUGUCGACGGCUAC